AUGAGUGAAAGAGUUAUAUUGAUAGAUGAAUUGAGAUCACCAUAUUAUCAAGUGUUCAAAAUUUGCAGAAUUUGCCAUGAAGAAGAAGAAGAAGAAGAAGAAGAGUUCGAAAGCUGCUGUAAUAAGAGCUUCGAGGCCCCUUGCGCUUGUUCCGGCACUCUCAAGUUUGCACACAGAGACUGUGUACAGAGAUGGUGCUAUGAAAAGGGCAACACAACUUGUGAAAUUUGCUUACAGAAAUUUGAACCAGGGUACACAUGUCCCCCACCUAAGAAGGCCAAUCAAUUUGUUACAAGUGUUACCAUAAGGGAAAGUUUGGGAGUGGGAAGAGAUGAAGAAGAGCAAGAAAACAGAGGACAAGUUUUUGAAGCAGAGGAUUAUGAUGACUCUGAAUGUGCAUAUGAAGCCAAUAAAAGUGCUUCUUCUUGUUGUAGGUUGGUGGCACUAAUAAUAACUGCUCUACUUCUCACCAGACAUUUGUUUGGAGUUGUUAUAGGAGAAGAGACUUACCCUUUUUCACUUCUCACUGUGAUUAUAGUGAAGUCUAGUGGCAUUAUCCUUCCAAUGUACAUACUGACUAGGAUUUCAGCUGCAAUUCAUAACAGCAUCAGGCAUCACCAACAGAUUAAUGAUAAUAAUUUCUGA